UACAUGCUUAUGACAUUACAGUUGCUGACAAAAGAAAAGUACAAAUUGAAUAAGCGAUAAAUGUUGUUGUUACAAAAUGAUUGGGAACAGCCUCGAGGCUGGUCACUCAUACCAUCACCUAGGGUCUGCUGGUCGGAACGUCUUUUACUGGCUGACUCGAAUAAAAUUGCCCAAGAUCAUUAUUAUAAUCCUGAUUCUUUUGUGCAUCGUACCGUUAUUUACACAUUAUUACUUAUUAAAGGUCGAAACCGAUUUGUCAAACAUGGACAUUCAUCAAACACGUUCCAGAUUAGAAGGUUUUCACGACUUUACAUCGAUGAGGGCGGCUGAUUUGAAGGCUCGUAUAGAGGAAAUGUUACGCAUCAAACAAUCCGUCAGUAAUGAACUCAGAGAUCUCGAGGCCAAACGACGAAAACUUCAUGCUGACGUUAACAGCUUGACACAACAAAUCGAUGAAUUGAAACAAGAAUUAUUGCAUCAACAAAUGGAUUUAGAUAGGUUAAAAAUCAGUGUGGUACAAGCGCAAGCAGCCCAAAGAGAAGCUGUAGAACGUAAUACACCAGAAUUAGCACCACCAAAACGAAUUUUGAGUAAUUUUACUCCUGAUAUGCUACCUGCACAUCUUAAUUCCCAACUCUGCAGAAUGUUUAAUUGUUUUGACCAUAGUCGUUGUGCUUUAACCAGUGGCUUCCCAGUGUAUUUGUACGAUCCAGAAGAAUUUUCUGUUGUUAACGAAGAUUGGGAUAUCGAUGGAUUUUUAAAAACUUAUAUUAAGCAUACAUUGAGAUACAAUUCACAUUUGACUUUUGAUCCAGCCGAAGCUUGUAUAUAUAUUGUUCUUAUUGGUGAAGCUUUAGCAAUAUCACACAAAACUGGAGAUUCAGGGACUGCAUUAGACAUUAAAAAACUACAAAUGCUUCCUUAUUGGGGAGGCGAUGGUAGAAAUCAUGUAUUAUUGAAUUUAGCUCGUAGAGAUUUGUCUACUAACUCAGGAAACUUGUUUAAUGGAAUCGAUACUGGUCGAGCCAUAAUAAUACAGUCAACAUUUUUGAGACAACACUUUCGAGAGAAUUUCGAUUUAAUUGUCCCACCAAUAUUGGGACCACCCGGUGGUGAUGUCUGGCCAGAAUGUGCGCAUAUGUUACCAGCGAGAAGAAAAUUUCUACUAUCCUUUCAAGGGGAAAUGCGAGCAUUAAAAUCGUCGACUAAUCACCAAAUAGUGGAUGAUGCAGAGCUGGACAUUGAUAGAGUUUCUCUCGAUGAAAAUAACUUGGAUAAUUUUAUUAUUCAACAUUUGAAAGACAUGAGUAACGGAAUAACUUUAGAUAAAUUUUUUAUACAGUUUGAAUGUAUUCCAACAUCUGAAGAGAAAAAAGUCAACGAAGUUCUCGAUUGGUCUCUUUGUGGGACAGAUUCAUCGAGGAAAGCAAUUUUAAAAGAAUCUACGUUUGCACUUAUACUUGCUCCCAGUAAUGCAAGUUUUUUAUCUACUGCCUCGAUACAGGCUAGAUUAUAUGAAUCAUUAAGAUCAGGUGCCAUACCAGUUAUUCUUGGAGGUGAUAGUAUAGCAUUGAGCUUCAAAGAAGUUAUUGCCUGGCGGAGGGCCGUCAUUUUUUUGCCAAAGGCUAGAGUUACAGAGAUGCAUUUUCUAUUAAGAGCCGUGCCGGAUAACGAUUUAUUAGCAAUGAGAAGACAAGGAAGGCUUAUAUGGGAUCGAUAUUUCGGCACAGCCCAAAGUGUUGUCGAUACAAUUAUCGCUGUCUUGAGAGACCGAUUGGGUAUUCCUCCUCUACCAGCGUCACAAUCUCCUAGUCCAAGUAUUUUUAAUUCUUCCUUUGUGCCUUUAAGGUCAGAUACUAUUGCUGCGGAAUCGGAGGCUGAAGAGAGUCUGGGACCAUUAGAGCCACCAUAUCCAUCUCCAGCUUUCAGGAGAAAUUACACUAUUAUGUUGGUGCAAGGAUAUGAAAUGUGGAAUGAUUGGAUAGACCCAUUUAAAUUAUAUCCACAAUUGCCAUUCGACACGAUAUUACCUAGUGAUGCUAAAUUUCUUGGUUCGGAAGUAGGUUUUCGACCUAUAGGUAAAGGUGCCGGUGGUGCAGGAAAAGAAUUUAGCGAAUCUCUUGGUGGAAAUUAUCAAAGAGAACAGUUUACAAUUGUGAUGCUUACAUACGAAAGGGAACAAGUCUUAAUUAAUUCAUUAGCUCGUCUGUAUGGAUUGCCAUACUUGAAUAAAGUUAUUGUAGUUUGGAAUAGUCCAAAGCCACCAAUGGAAGAUUUAAGAUGGCCAGAUAUUGGAGUUCCUAUACAUGUUAUUAAAGCGAAAAGGAAUAGUUUGAAUAAUAGAUUUUUACCAUUUGAUGCCAUUGAAACAGAAGCAGUUUUGUCUGUGGAUGACGAUGCACAUUUAAGACACGAUGAAAUAAUGUUUGGAUUUAGAGUAUGGAGAGAGCACAGAGAUAGAGUUGUUGGCUUUCCUGGACGAUUUCAUGCUUGGGAUCAAAAUAAUCACAAUGCUUGGAAUUACAAUUCAAAUUAUUCUUGUGAAUUAUCAAUGGUAUUGACAGGAGCUGCUUUUAUUCAUAAACAUUAUACGUACUUAUAUAGUCACUGGUUACCGCAGGCUAUUAGAGAUAAAGUUGACGAGUAUAUGAAUUGUGAGGAUAUAGCGAUGAAUUUUUUGAUAGCGCACAUUACGAGAAAACCGCCAGUAAAGGUUACCUCUCGAUGGACAUUUAGAUGUCCAGGUUGUCCUGUAUCCCUAUCGGAGGACGAUACGCACUUUCAAGAGAGGCACAAGUGUAUCAAUUUUUUUUCACAAGUAUUUGGUUAUAUGCCCUUAUUAAAUACACAAUAUCGUGCCGAUUCAAUACUUUUCAAAACAAGAAUACCACAUGACAAGCAAAAAUGUUUUAAAUUUAUAUAACUAUUGAAAGGUAUAAUUAAUAAUUAAAAAAU